AUGGAAGUAUUCAAUACCGUUGUCUCAGCGAUUGCUGUAGCCGAACGCGUGUGGAAGCUGAUUGAUGACUAUCGAAAGGCGCCCGAGCGCCUGCGGCGGCUUCAAGUUGACUUGAAGAUUCUUCAGUCCGUUUUAGAGAGGCUAAAAGCAAUGGACUUUUUGGGAAAUGACCAAAGACUUGCUUUGGAGCCUGACAUCGUGGAAAUCGAACAAAUACUCCAAAAGAUCCUGCAUGAUAAACGAAAGGCAUCGUUGACCUUAGCUCUCAAUGCUGUGAACCUGAAUAUGAUCGCCAGCAUUGAUGCCACCAACCGCACCGCAAUUUCCUUAAUUCAAAGUGGCAUGACCAGCACAACCGAUGCUUCGGACCUGCAUGAUGCAGGUUCCAUAUCCGCACGCCAGUUCCUGGACUAUUUAAACCCGCCGAAUUACGUCGAUGAUAAAUUUCAGAUAAAGGAGCCGGCUGAAGGGACGGCUUCCUGGAUUUAUGACUCUCCAGGAUAUACUCAGUGGCGCGAGACCUCGGAGCCCUUGGCAAUCCUACACGUCGUUGGUAAAAUGGGCAGCGGCAAAUCUGUGCUGAUGAAGAGCAUUGUCAAAAACCUACAAGCUCAAACUGGGGAACCAGCAAGGCCUGAAUCAGCCGUCCUUUACUACUUCUGCACCUGCGUCAAUAGGACGGAUACGUCAAUUACUAUCCUGAGAGGCUUUAUUGCACAGCUCAUUAACCACUCUCGAGGCCUAUUUGAAAAGGCAAUCCCCGAUAUAGAAAUCCUCCAGGUUCAACGAUUAAAUGCCUCGUCUAACUGGUCGUUGGGAGCGUUGUGGCACGUUUUCAUAACCCUGAUUCGGCAUGGCUCUUUUCCGACCCUGUACUGUGUGAUUGAUGCUCUUGAUGAGUGUGAGCCGAUGGGACUUGAAGAGUUGCUCCAACGACUGUUCACUUUGUCAAACGUACGAUCCUCCCCGGUCAACACUCAUCCUACCAAACUUCUAUUUUCCAGUCGUGAACGUUCCGAUAUUCUCACUUUACUCGAUGUCGGUAGGACACGCUUUAGGCUCUUCAUCCGUCCAUCUUCUGUCACAUCUGAUAUCCGUAUUGCUAUGCAAAGUGAUUUUUACAAACUCAAGACUUUGCUUCAUCUCGACAAUGAAGAGGCCGAAAAGAUGCAGGAAACAUUGAUUACAAAAGCAGACGGGAUGUUCUUAUGGGUCAUGCUUGCUAUGAAGGAUAUAAUGAGCAAUUGCUAUCACGCGACGCAUGAAGAUCUCGAGGAGCUCAUUAAUGAUCUGCCGUUUGAAUUAAAAGGACUGUAUGAGAAAAGCUGGGCGAAAGUUCUCCGAUCGUUGCCGACUGAACAGGUUGCGUUGGCGAAGCGUGUUCUUAAUUGGAUUCUUCUUGCCAGACGCCCCUUGACCGUCUCGGAACUGACUGUGGCGCUGGCCGUCAAUCCCAGUGACAAGAAUGUCCCACACCGGAACAAACUAUUUCGCUCCUUGUCUGACUUUAUUCUCAGGUUCUUAGUGCCGUUUGUUGAGAUUUUCGAGAGGGAUAUGGCCAAACAGCAUUCGGUCAACGGAGAAGAAGGCGCGUGGACCCUCCCUACUGGCCCCACAGUACGGCUGGUGCAUCAGUCCGCGCAAGAAUACCUUCUAAGUGUUUGCAAGCGGGGGGCCGACGGUCAAAAGCUCACCUUAUCCGGCCCUAGCAUUGAUAUACGAGACGGCCAUGAAACAAUGGCGCUCAUCUGCAUGUCUUACCUUCAGUGCAAGGAGCUUCAGCUGGGUUGGGUAGGGCUGGGAAAUCGACACCCUGAUGGAGGGCAGAUUGUGACAGACGAGGACAGAAAGGAGGUUCAAAAAAGACAAGAAUCACACCCUUUGCUCAACUAUGCGGCCCAAAAUUGGGCCUAUCAUGUUCGUCAGGCCCAGUACGUUUCCGCGGCAGAUUGUCACUCUGAAGGAUGCGUUAUCGGGAAGAUCGAUGAUGAUGUGUUUCAACGCGCUCUCGAUCUCCUUCAGAAGUAUCGCUCCGGUUACGAAUGCGCGACACAGGUUCAACAACUAAUGGGAGCGUGGGACUACGACGUACAUUAUGGACCCGGUCCCCCACUCUCAGCUGCUGUUGCAGCGCACAUAUCUAUUCUCGUGCGUCACUUACUGGACGACCCCGCUACAGACAUUUAUGAGCGGGAUAAGGCGUAUGGCGAUCUGCCUCUUCAUUACGCAGCCACGGUGGCAGCCCCUACUACUCAUCCCGAAGAGCACACUAUAAUUAUCGAUAUGUUGCUCGAAAAGGGUGCAGAUGUCAAUUGCCUCAAUGAUUUUGGUAGUACACCACUUCACUUUGCGUGCGAUUUCCCCCUUCCUGAGGUUGCAAAAAUCCUGUUAGAGAGAGGCGCAAACACGUCCAUUAAAAACAAGCAAGGUCGAACUCCCUUGAAUCAAGAGUAUGCGCUUAAGUCCUACGAAAUCGUGGAAAUGUUGAUUCAGGCUGGGGCUGAUCUUGAAAUCCUAGACAACAACGGGUAUUCACCGCUCAUCAAAGCGGCUUAUCUCGGUAGUUGGGAGACGGUAAAACUCCUCUUACGACAUGGCUUGGAUCCGAAAAGCAGUUCAGCAGAUGGAUUGACGUGUUUGCACGCCGCUGCCAGUUCGGAAGAGACCAGCAUGAUAAAACAGCUACUUGAUGCGGGAGUCCCCGUUGACACCGAAACUCAAAAAGGUUACACCCCUUUGCAUGUUUCGGCAGAAAACAAUCAGUUCGAGGCCACACAACUUCUUCUUGCGCAUGGCGCAAAUCCGGCGAUCACUACGAAUGAUGGCAUCCUGCCGCUUCAUUUCGCAGCGGAAUACGCGUCACCUAAAUUACUCGAGCUUCUGCUGACUUACCAAACUGAUGUUGACCCAUCGGAGGCAUACUUAAAGCCUCCUAUCUGCCAGUCCGUUAAAAUACUCCUAUAUCACGGUGCUGAUAUCAAUUCCGUCAAUGACUCUGGGGACACCGCGUUGACCUCCGCGGCAGUACAUGGUAAACUUGAGACUGUUCGAUUUCUCGUUGAAAAUAAUGUACCAGUCAAUGGAUCCAGCAAUAUGGGUUCAUGGAAUCCACUCCAUGGCGCAGCAUUCUACGGCGAGACGGAGGUUGUGGAUUUCUUGCUCCAACACGGGGCUAGCAUAGACCGCCUCGGUGGCCCGUGCGGACUCACCCCGCUGGAGUUGAGUGCUAUGGGGGGUCAUCUCGAGACCUUAAAAGUGCUAGUCACACACGCAGCACGCUUGAGUUGUCGUAACGUUACCCUCAAUGGCGCUCUUCCGCCUGCAUGCUAUAAUGGUCAUGCGGAGAUAGUGAGAUGGCUCAUUGACAUAGGAGCAGAUGCUAAAGUGGCGGAGAUUCAAACGAUGAUUAUCGCCAACGCUUCACCCAGCCAUGCCGAAAUCACAAAUAUAUUACUUGACAAUGGGGUGCCAAUUGACGAGCCUGGCUGGACCGGAAUUACGGCGUUGUUUGCUUGUGUUAGGUGGGAGAGACUCGAUAUCCUCGAGGUGUUGCUGGAACGUGGUGCAGACCUCAAUGCUGCAGAUAGCACGGGCGAUACGCCGUUAGCGGUUGCUUUAGUCCUUAAAAGAACUGCAGUCGCAAAGUUUUUGCUUAAUCGUGGAGCUAAUCCCGUCCUGUCGCGCGGAACUGAAAUAUCAGCCGCUUUUAUCGCCGCCAGAACUGGGAAUAUCGAUAUCUUAAGCUAUUUGCACGACAAUAUGGGCCUCAGACUAUGGGAUCAAAGAUCAUCCGGCGGUCAAACUCUAGCUGAUGUUGCCGUCAAAUAUGGUAGAAUGGAGGCUUUUCGAUAUCUCUUGUCUGUUUCCUGCUGCCUAACGGCCCCGGGUUUGAUGGACCCAGAGGUUUUGUUUAAUAUUAUUACUGGUGACCAUGACGGUACCGUCUUCCAAUUACUACACGACACAGGUAACUUCGAUUUUGAUAUUGGAAAAAUUGCUUCACCAUUUCCCUUUUUUUAUGAGAUAUGUAAGCGGCGGGUUACGGAACAUGGACAAGUUGCUUUUGUGAAGCUUCUUCUUGGAAAAUGUUCCGAGGCUGGCGCAAAGAGCUGGGUUGGACAAAUGUUGCUCUUAUGCGCGGCGGUACAUGGAUGUCAUGCUGUUAUAAAGUUGCUUCUUGAAAAAGGUAUCGAUACCGAGUUGGCCAUCGAUGGAUCUGGUCGGACGCCACUGUCAUGCGCAACCAUAAAUGGAUGGCCGGAUGCCGUCCGGUUGCUUCUUGAUGGGGGUGCUGAUAUUGAGACCAAAGAUAGAUAUGGUCGGACGCCGCUAACAUGGGCGACUCUUGGAGGAUGGGAUGCUGUCGUGAAGCUGCUUCUCGAUAAAGGGGCUAAUAUUGAAACUAAAGAUAAAAGUGGUCGAACUCCCUUAUCCCAUGCCGCCGAAUAUGGAGAGCACACUGUUGCGACGCUGCUCCUCGCAAAAUCUAACGCUCCUCAAAGGUUAGGAGAUAAUAUUGGCAGAACUCCGUUAUUCUAUGCAGCUCGGGCCGGAAACGCCACUUUAGCAAGGGUGUUGCUUAGCGGCGAUUAUUGCGACAACCCCGACCUAGAAGAUCAUUACGGUUGCACUUCAUUGUCUAUAGCAGUACGACAUUGCCACACUACGGUAGUCGAGAUUCUGCUAGCUACAGGGCAUGUCAGCCUUGAGUCAAAAGACUGUUUUGGUCGAUCACCGUUAUGCUGGGCUAGAAGGCGUGGAUAUACUGGCAUAGAGCAACUUCUACUUGACUACGCAGAGACGAAGUCUCUGUUGAUGUGCGAGAAUAACCCGAGCGCCUACUUCAGUCCAGGAACGGGUGUGAAGAAAUGCCGCUGGUGCGAUGUCUGUACAUUGGAUAUCCCGGAAAAUAAUUCAUUCUUCUCUUGCGGGAUCUGUAACGGUGCUGAUUUUGAUAUCUGUUUGGAUUGCUAUGCGGGCGGGGCACGUUGCCUCGAAGAGCCCCAUAUCUUGACCGAACAGCCAGUGAAAAAAGUAGUCUGA